GGGCUGCCCAGCCCCGUCUGUCGCUCCUGCACUGGGCGCUGGAGCUGGGCGGCGGCUGCUCAGCCAGGGACCGACCGUAGGGAGCAGGCUCCACCGCAGCCUCCGCUGGAGCUUCUUCCCGCAGCUGGACCAUGGGCACCUUGGACUCUGCCGCCGCUGCCGACCGCAGCUACAUCCGCACCGUCCUGGGCCACCAGACCCUGCAGGAGCAGGACAGUUCCACCCUGGCUCUGCCCUCCGAGGCCAGGCUGAAGCUCUUGAGCAACCGCGCUGGGAAUGAGAAAAGUCUCCGCAUCCAGCAGCAGGUCCAGCAAACGCUGGCCAGGAAAAGCAGAGGCUCCCUGUCAAAUGGCAGUCUCCAUCGGGCCAUCAGUGUUCCAGAACAUGUUUAUAAUCUGGACACAGUUGAUAAUUAUUCUGUUUCGAGACCUCCACAUGGAGUCGCAUAUUAUUCAUCUCUCCAGGUGAGCUCACCAAUCACUUACAAACAUGGCUGGGUAAAUACAGGCACACAAUAUAAUUCAUACAAGACAAUGGAGGAGAGGAAUCAAAGGCAGCCUCUGAAGAGAUUAGAAGUUUCUCCCCAGAAAGGUCCUGAGAAGCUGGCAUAUGUAUACAAUGAUUUCCACUACAACAGGGGAAACCAAGUUGGAGUCUCUGCAAGGCAUAGUGAUAGGAGAAGAUACAAUAUUAUUGUCCCACCAAGAUAUGCUCGCUCUGAGAUUGUUGGUCAUGGUAGUCAUGAUUCUGCAAUCAGAAAGCAAACUUAUCAAACCCAUUUCCAAAGACAAUCUUUUAAUGACACAGUCUUUGACAGUGCCCCCACCAGCCCGAGUGUAUCUAUGUACCCACAAGUUGGAUUCAGUCGCAGUAUGACCAACCUCUUAGAGAAAGAGAACUACCUGACUACAGGUAGCGCUGUGGGACAAGUCAGAUCACCCGUUGCUUCCCAGACUGGAUUGCAGAACAAGCAGUCUCUGAAGUCCAGCUGGCAACAAAGUACCUUCAGAAGCCCACAGCUCAUGAGGGAAACUUCCCGGACAGCUGCAGUGACCAGUGCUAAUGCCGAAACAGGUGGGAAGGGGAUGGCAAUGACUGCUGCUGUUGUGGCAGCAGCAGGAGAAAAUGUUCUCUUACGCAAUGGAAAAGCAGGUUCCAGUGGAUCUCAGCCAGGGAGUCCAGAAGGGGAGAUGACUCUGGAGCUCGCAGUGAACACUCUGGACACUGAAAGGACAUCCUCGUUACCCAGGAUCCUUGCUGCAGUUAACUUUAUACAGCAUGAGUGCUUCCAGAAAGCAGAAGCCAGAAGGAAAGUUUAUUUACUUGGUGGCAUUCCCAAGCUUCUACAGCUUCUGAAAACCCAGAAUGAGGACAUUCAGCGGGUGGCAAGUGGAGCUUUGAGGAACUUGGUGUAUGAGGACAAUGACAACAAACUAGAAGUGUGUGAGCGGAACGGGGUCCCAGUCCUGCUCCAUGUACUCAAACAAACCAAGGAUGUGGAAACUAAAAAGCAGAUAACAGGUUUGCUGUGGAACUUGUCCUCCAAUGACCAGCUGAAGACCCUGCUGAUCAGAGACGCCCUGGACCUACUGACAGAGACCAUUCUUAUCCCCUACUCUGGUUGGCCAGAUAGAGAUUACCCGAAAUCGAGUAUUGUAUCUGACCCUAAUAUCUUCUACAAUGCCACAGGAUGCCUGAGAAACAUGAGUUCUGCUGGCCCAGAAGGAAGGAAAAAGAUGAGAGAAUGUGAUGGAUUGAUUGAUUCUCUUGUGUAUUACAUCCAAGGAACCACUGCAGACUACCAGCCUGAUGACAAGGCCACAGAGAACUGUGUAUGCAUUCUUCACAAUCUCUCCUACCAGCUAGAGUCAGAGCUGCCUAGCAGUUAUGCCCAGAACAUCUAUAUACAAAGAAAAAAUACUCCUACCAAUGAUAAAAGCUUGGGGUGCUUUGGAACACGCAGCAGGAAAACAAACGUGAAGCAACAAGAUACUCUGCUGCCCGAGGAAAAGAGCAGUCCCAAAGGGGUAGAAUUACUCUGGCAUUCCACACUUAUUAGGAUAUAUCUCUCCUUAAUAGCAAAAAGUACAAGAAACUACACUCAAGAAGGAUCUUUGGGAGCUCUCCAAAACCUCACAGCAGGCAGUGGACCAAUGCCAUUUUCAGCAGCUCAUACUGUUGUCCAGAAGGCAAAUGGCCUUCAGAGUAUUCGAUUCAUGUUGCAUGUAAGCAAUCCAGGUGUAAGGAGGACAGCCGUCUCAUUGCUCAGGAACUUAUCUCGUAAUGCCUCUCUGCAGAGUCAAAUAGCCAGAAACGUCUUAUCAGAUUUGGUCUCCAUACUUCCUGACUCUGUCCAAGGGUCAGAGGUUACCAAUGAGACCACAGCUUCUGUCUGCUACACCUUGUACAACUUGACCCAGAACAGCUCCCAGAAUGCCCGGCUUCUCCUAAACACAGAUGGCCUACCAAAGAUAAUGAACAUCAGCAUGAGUGACAGUAAUAUGCUCAGCAAAGCUAGCAAAGCUGCCUCAGUCCUCCUGUACUCCUUGUGGUCACAUACUGAUCUCCACAGUGCCUACAAAAAGGCUCAAUUUAAGAAGAUAGAUUUCGUCAAUACCCGGACAACAAGAGCGUACAACUCACUCAAAGACUAAGGCAGGCUACAAAUAUAUAGAGACUGUGUGUGGAUUUGUAUAAUUAUCUACUCAGUAUCAUCCUGGCCACCAUGAACUGUCAAGUAUCUGAAAAAACAGAGACUGAUUUUGUAUGAUAGCUGAUGCUGUCUUCUGCCUUUACCCUAUAUCACACUGUUCUCGAUGUACUUCAAUAUAUCAAUCAUCAAAGAUGGUAUUGUUAGGGAUUCUUAGUGCAAAUUUUUUUAAGCUUACUAUACUAGUCAGUGUUUCAAACAAUAGGUGUUUAUACAAAGAAGUUUGAAAUUCUGACCUGCAACACAUUCUUUAUAGGCUAUUUUUGAAACAUGGAAUUUAUCUCCACACCAUGUGAAAUGGAACAGAAUAUACAAAAAGUUGUUUUAUCAUGUGCAUUUUUAAAAGCACCCAGAAGGUUAGGAGGAGGGUUUUUUUAUAGAGGGGAGUGUUUGUCUUUGUUUUAUUUUAGUUUUUGUGUUUUUCUAUUACUUGUAUUCAUGUGCUCAAUGGCUCACCAGUCUCUCUUGCUCUGAGAUCUCAGCAGCAACAGCAAAACUGACAAGCAGUAAUGCAGCUUCAGCCCACUUUCCUCCCUUUCACUGCUUCCAGAAUUUUUGGCUAUGUCCCAGAAGGAGUUUUAAAAAGUGUCAGCAAGUUACUCCUGGGGGAAUUCUGUGCCACUGCGCAAUGCAGAGUUUUGCGGAAAUUAAUGUUGUGUGCGCAGAAUUUCUCUUUUUCCCCACAAAAAAGGGCUGCAAAGAUGUUGCCUGCCACUAGGGGCCCCUGGACCCAUCAGAGACCAGCUCGCAAAUAGAAAACCAGGCCAGGGGGAGGGGGUACGAUCUGGAGGGUUCUCAGCAGCUGCAUUUCCCAGCAUGCCCUGAAGGAGGGA